ACGGGUUUGUGCGGUCGGAUUCGGAGAUUGGUUUUGGGCCCGUCGGAAACCGAAUCCGACCGAAUCUAAGGGUAUCUUUAUGGCUAGGCCCAAUCUAAACAGAAAUAUAAUUAAGCACAGUUGGAAGAGUAAAGACUCUAGUGCUAGCAUCAGAUAUGCAAAGUUUAACAGGGGAAUUUUCACAAACAUGUAGAGCACAGGUUGGUAGGCGAAACAAAUUAUGGCACGAUAAUGCUCGUCUGAUAAAUUCCUAAAUCAACCGAGCCGGCCCAACCAAAACCAAGACUCUCUCUCAGUCUCAAAUCUCAAUUCAUUAGUUCCACUUCUUCGUGAGAUUCAUACGCACAAACAACAACGUUACUCCGCUAGGGUUCAUCAUUCUCUCAGGUAAUCGGUUGAUUCUAGGGUUCAUCCUUUCAAUUUCCAGUUCGUGGUUUCAUCGUUUAAGAACUAACUCUUUCUACCUUCCAAUUUUUCGGUUGAUGCUAGUUCGUGAUUUUAGUUCCAACUAGUCAAAGGUUUAAUGCUGCAGCCUGUAGGAAGGCCAUUAAUACCUUUGUUAUCCUUGAUGAACAUUCCUUUAGAGUGGUUGAGGGUGUUGGUUUUAAGCAAAUUUGUAAACAAUUGCAACCCCAAAUGGCUAUCCCUACUAGGAGGACCGUUGCUAGGGAUUGUUUUCAGCUUUACCUAGCUGAAAAGUCACGUCUUAAAGCCUUUUUUUAAAUCUGAUUGUACUAGGGUUGCACUAACCACAGACUGUUGGACUUCGAUACAAAACCUUAGUUAUAUGGCCACCACUGCACACUUCAUUGACACUGCUUGGAAGUACCAAAAAAAAUUUAUUAGUUUCUCUUUAGUUCCAAAUCACAAAGGUGAUACCAUUGGCAUGAAAGUCGAGGACGUUUUGAGGGAAUGGGGGCUUAGGAAAGUGUCUACAAUUACCCUGGAUAACGCAACAGCAAAUGAUGUGGCUGUGAGUUAUUUGGAUAGAAGACUUAAGAGCAAUAAUGCUUUACUGGGUGUAGGUGAUUAUUUGCAUAUGAGGUGUGCUGCCCAUGUCUUGAACUUGGUAGUGAGAGAUGGUGAAAAAGAACAUGAAGGGUCUAUUGAAUCAGUUCGCACUGCUGUUAGGUUUGUAAGGUCUUCUCCACAAAGAGCUAUGAAGUUUAAGGAGUGUGUUGAACUUGCGGGCAUAACUUGUAAAAAAAAACUUUGUCUUGAUGUUUCUACAAGGUGGAAUUCCACUUACCUAAUGUUGGAUGCUGCUGAAAAGUUUGAAGCUGCAUUUGACAAUAUGAUUGAUGAGGAUCCUGGAUACAUCGAAUAUUUUGACCUCCUUACCGGUCCACCCGGUUCUCAGGAUUGGAAAAAAGUUAGGGCUUUUGUGGUUUUCUUACAAACCUUCUAUGAGGCAACCAAAGUGUUUUCAACUUCGCAAGAAGUGUCCUUGCAUUUAGCUUUUCAUAACUUGUCUUCAAUUUUGUGUGAGCUUCAAGAAGCUUCAUUUAACUUGAAUUCUUAUGUGGCUCCAAUGAUUUCACAUAUGAAGGUUAAAUAUGAUAAGUAUUGGGGGGAUGUGGGAAAAGUGAAUCAUUUUCUUUACUAUGGAGUGAUCUUUGAUCCUAGGUUUAAGUUUAACUAUAUUGAGUGGUCUUUUAAUGAUAUGUAUGGGCAUUCUAGUGACCUUGCCAAGAAAAAUAUUGAAUGUGUCAAAACUAGUUUGUUUAAACUAUAUAAUUGGCAUAAAUCUGAUCAUGAUAAGAAUGUUGGGGCUAGUCCUUUAAGUGCACCAGGGAGCACUUCCCUUGGAGAAGCAUCUUCCCAACCAAAAGAACCAUCACCUUUUACAAGGGCUAAUGCUUUUAAGAAACAUCUGAAGGAAAAAGACACAAUUGAAAAUGAAAAUGAACUAGAGAAGUACUUAGGUGACCCUUGUUGCGGGGAUGGGGAAAAUUUUAGUAUUCUUAAUUGGUGGAAGGAAAAUUGCACCCGUUAUCCUAUAUUAGCAACCUUGGUUCGGGAUGUGUUGGCAACACCUAUUUCUAGUGUAGCCUCAGAAAGUGCUUUUAGCACGGGGGGGGAGGAUUUUAGAUAUCUAUAGGAGCUCUUUGAGUCCAGAUAUGGUCGAAGCGCUUAUAUGUACUCAAAACUGGUUGAAGCCUUCUGACAAUGAUCUAAAUGUCCUUAAUAUGACUGAAGAAUAUGAGAUUAGUGAAUCAAUUGUUUCAGAGUUUCAAGUAGCUACUGGUGGAGCAGCUGCUCCUACACAGGCUGGGCCUGUUUAAUUCUCGCCUAGCUGUGAAUUUUUGAAUAUUUUGGAGUCACUUUGUGAUUCAAUAAGACAGGCCUUUCUUUUUUGGAGUCAUUUUUUGAAACUAAGGAUGGAACCGUUUCAGUAGCUACUGCGUUUGCUGGUCAUCAGGAAGAUUGUUGUUAUUUCAUAUUGCUGUUGUUAUGAGAAUCAUGACUCAGAAACUUUUUGGGCAGACUUUUUGGGCAGCCACUGCUGCUAGUUUCAUAACAAUUCAGUGUUCGAAAUGUUACAUUUUUUUGACUUGGGGAUUAACAAAUCUAUAUUCAUUAAGCCCAAGACAUUUCACCUUACAGUACUAAUGCUUAAGCUGUGGAAUACUGUUCCUGUACCUAGGCAUUGGUGUCAAAAGAGAAAUUUUUUGCAGGGGAAACGGGGAAUUGAAAAACAACCCUUUCAGCUUCCUGAUUUCAUUGCUGCCACUGGAAUUGAGAAAAUCAGACAGGCGUAUAUUGAGAAAGAGGACAGUAAAAAGUUGAAACAAAAGCAAAGGGAGCGCAUGCAACCUAAAAUGGGAAAAAUGGAUAUAGACUAUCAGGUUCUUCAUGAUGCAUUUUUUAAGUAUCAGACAAAGCCAAAACUGACAUCCUUUGGGGAGUUGUAUCAUGAAGGAAAAGAAUUUGAGGUAUUACCCAUGCUAGAAAGUAUUGAAAAAGAUUCAGUGUAACUUCUGCUUUGGUUGUGCUUAUUUCUCUCGCUACAUUUUGAUUUUGGUUUUGUUGAAGCAUUGAGCUGUCUCUUAGGACACCACAAUAACUGCUUCUUCGCAGGAACUGAUCUCUAUUGUGGAACAAUAUGUAUUUGUCCCAAUGUUAUAAUAUGAGUAGAAAUUUAGAAUACAAAUGUUAACAAUGAUUGUUCAAUCCAUUUCCGAAAAAUGCAGCAAUUUCAUAAG